CUCUCUCAUUCUUCUCUUGUUUUUCGAGGUCAAUGACUUGCCAAUCAUGUUUCUCCCACUAAAAUUCUAUUCUAUUAGUCCUUGUAUAAUUCUUACUUGCUUUCCUAACCAUCUCCAUCUCCAUCUCCAUCUCCAUCUCUCCCCCUCUCUUUUUUUUUUCUCUCUCUCUCUCUCUCAAAAACGAAGCAAAGAGAGCAUAGCAAAUGGGACUUACCCAAGGAGACCCAUCACCACAGUCCCAACCACCAUCUAACCCAUCACCACCACAGCCUCAAAAGUAUCAUUAUGAUCAACAAGCCACUGAUGAUAUUCCUCCACCACCACCCUUUGAGGCUUACACCGAUGAAAACCACCACCACCACCACGAACACGGCGGCUAAUCAGACCCAAAUGUAGCUAACAGCAACCAAAACCAACAACACUUCCAGCCUCCACCACCAUCACCACCACCGUCUCAGCCUCAGCCACCACAAGCGGCGGCUCAGCCUGUUCGAUUCCCACCUCAAUUCCCACAAGCAAAUAAUGGGAGCCAACCUCCGACAUAUCCACCUCAAAACCCACAAAUGGUUGCCCCGCGAACUCCGCCAAGAAACUACCCACCUCAAAGGGAGCCGGUGCAAUUUCCACCACCACCACCGGCUUCUCAGGCGGCUUACCACCAGGCUUCUGCUUCUGAGCCCGUGCAAUUUCCACCACCGCCGCCUCCUUCUCAGGCGACUUACCACCAGGCUUCUGAGCCUGUGCAAUUCCCUCCACCACCUUCUCAGGCCACCUACCACCACCCUCAACAGCAAGUGCAGUUUCAGCGAUCGCCAGUGACAUUUCAGCAGCAGCAAGCGCAGCAGCAACAGACGGGAGCACAAAUGGCUUACAAUGUCAUGCCCCAUUCGACGAUGAAUGGUGUCGCGUCUGGGUUUCCGGUGAAUCAAUAUCCAAUUCCACAGGUUGGGACUGAGGGUUGGAAGACUGGGCUGUUUGAUUGCAUGGAUGAUCCUUUAAAUGGUGAUAAAUCUCUCUCUCUCUCUCUCUCUCAUGCUUCAAGACCAAGAUUUUAA